GAAAGAACGUUAUCCCAGAUAACUUGUGGGUUGUGGACGAAAAAGAAUUUUGCUGCAGUCUUUCGGGUGUAUCCGUGCACGAAGUCGUCAACAAAGCUCGUUCGCAGCCGAGUACACGUACGGUCUCGGCAUUGCUCAACUAUUUUGAAGUUAAUUACGUGGUACUCCAGUUCACUGUGGAAGAUAUUUGGUUAUUUCAAUACCAAUCUGUGGUCAGACAAUGGGACUACGCCCUUGGUGCCUUUCUUGUCGAUAGAGACAAUAUGCCAUCAAUGCACCGACGCAUGGCCAAACUUGAGUUGCUUUUACCACCGCCAGCAACUUGUCGUCAAAGUAGCUUGGGGAGAAACCGUACUAAAGGCUUCUUGGUCCCUAAAAAAGACGGGGGAAUCUCUAGUCUCGAUGAGAAAACAACCCGAUCACUGGUGGACACCGUUCAGGAGCAGCCGGUCAGAACGUCGGCAGCCGUCACCCGAGUCGCAACGACGUCUUUUCGGGCCGGUGAACGAAACGUGUCAGAGGAUUCUAGGAACGGCCCAAUAAUUAGAAUCGCGGGAGUUGUGCAAUAUUUGUCUUUUUCACUUACCACUUUUACCUCGUUGUUUUUCUCGCGUCUUCUUUAAACGCAUCAAUUAUUUCUUCCCCCGAAUUUUACGUGUGUGCUUUACUAAUGCACUGUGUGUCGAACAACCCGACGUUCAAUCGCACUGCAAUCAAAAACAAUGGAAGACAACCAUAAAGAUGUUUUGGCUAGAAGUCAGUCAUGGGCCGUCAUCCGACACGUCGAGAGGCUGACCACCGAGCGGAAAGGAAGUGUUGCUGCUAAUGAAGAAGAGGAAGAUUCGGUCGCGGUGCCUAUUCAGGAUGCACAAAGCUACAAGCUGGACAAGACGACGGAAGCGGCCGAGGUGCGCCGAUUGAUGGAGACACUGACGGGACAACAGCCAUCGACGGACACUGGCCAUUCUGCCGCCAGUUUGAAGGUUCAUUUUCGGUGCUCUCUCGACGACAUUAGCAAUGAUAACGACAAUUUGAGUUUGAACGAUGGCGCUGCUGAUUGCUCUUACCGCAGCCACUCGGAAGCGACAUCUUGGAGCGUCAGUGAAAGCGACUUGACUGGGCAGGGUAUAGAUGAAGAUGAGGAUGACGUCAAUUUGGCACCCGACGGAGGUUGGGGUUGGGUGAUUGUAGCCGCCAGCUUCGUCAUUCAUUUAAUAGCCGAUGGAAUCACAUUUUCCUUUGGGGUCAUCUACGCUGAACUGCUCGACUACUUCAAAGAAUCAAAAGGCUACACUGCAGUCAUUGGUAGCUUGUUCAUGGCGACUCCGUUACUAUCGGGACCGUUGGCCUCGUCACUGACUGACCGUUUCGGUUGCCGGGCGGUUACAAUCGCCGGAUCUAUCGUGGCAGCCAUUGGGUUGUUUCUCACUUCACUAUCAAACUCGGUGGAAGCGCUGUUCUUUACGUUCCUAAUCGCCGGAUUGGGUCUCUCGCUUUGCUACGUGGCAGCCAUCGCCGUGGUGGCUUUUUAUUUCGACAAACGCCUCUCACUAGCUACCGGCCUGGCUGUGUGCGGUAGCGGUAUCGGUACCUUCAUUUUUGCUCCCAUCACACAAUACCUCAUCAACGAGUAUGGUUGGAGAGGCGCCAUGCUUAUCUUGUCAGGAAUCUUUCUCAACAUUGUCAUCUGUGGCGCAUUAAUGAGAGAAGUGGAAGGGCCUGGUAACCUGCGCGGAAACGCCAAGGGUAAAAUGAGUCGCUCAACUUCCGAACAGGCAUCCACCGGAUUUCGCUCACGCAACUGCAGCGAGAGUGACACAGAGCAUCAGCGGCUAUCAAGCGAUUCACCUGCAGUUUUAAUGGAAAUCAAAGCCGCCGCGGAUUCAACUUACUUGGAAUUCGAACGCGAUGAGGACACUCGACUCUGUAAUUCUCUCAUUAAUUUGCCGACAUUCUUACGCCACGGUGACAAAAUCCCGCACGAAGUCCUAAUGACCAUUACCAAUAAUCCCCGUCUCUACGGAAUCGUGUUAGCCAACUAUCCCACCCUGUUCGAUGGCUACGUACUUGAAAACGAAAACAAAGAAGCGGAGCGAUCGAUAGCCAUGCCCGAGAAUUCGCCCAAAAAAUGCAAGGAUCCAAUUGAUUCCAAGGACACGGCCGCCGCCUUAUUGACCAGCAAAGAAGUAAUACAUCCUCACGGUCACCACUGGCAUGCGGCUUACCUCAACGGAUUGAAAAUUAAGAAACGGUCAUUAACUUACCGCGGCGCUAUGCUCAAUCUGCCCCGUUAUAGGCUUCGGGCUUCUUCUUGUCCGGAUAUUUAUCGCAAUUCUAUUACAACUAUCGCAAGAGAAAAGGAAGGCGCUUGCUGGGACUAUCUGGAAGAGUUGCGCGAUGUCUUCAUGUUCGAUUUCUCUUACCUAUCCAACCCGAGUUUCGUCAUGUUCGCCAUCUCCAACGGACUACUUUAUUGUUGUUACCAUGUCCCGUACAUUUAUUUGACGGAUUGGGCAAAAACCCAAGGGCAACCCAAGGAGGACGAAUCAUUAGAUGAAUUUUUAUACAACGUUCCGUCCGGCGGGAGACAAUCCGAUGAGCCUUCUUUUCUAUUGUCAAUUGUUGGCAUUCUCAACACGUUAGGAGUGAUUAUCGUGGGCUACCUCGGGGAUCGAUCUUGGGCAAAUCCGACUUGGAUUUACUCAGCCAGUAUGCUACUCUGCGGACUAGCUACGGCUGUCGUCCCUCUUCUACCCGGAUCUCCGUGGCUGGAAAUAGCGGCUGGCCUUUUUGGUUUAAGCAUUGCAGCCAAUUAUUCACUCGUCUCUGCCAUUCUAGUCGAACUGAUCUCGCUUGAACGCUUCGUAAACGCUUACGGUCUGUUACUUCUCUUCCAAGGCGUCGCCAAUUUGAUUGGACCGCCGUUAGCAGGAUGGAUCAGUGAUUUGACAGGCUCUUACGAUUUGUCGUUUUACAUUGCUGGUAUCUUUAUCAUUCUCUCUGGAGCUAUCCUAGUUCUUCUUCCGGCCUUCCAGCACAUCAAAUCACGCAUGUCUGUCAACAUUCGUGCCGACAGUCUCGAGACCGGAAUGCUGGCUAAAGUAGAGAACCAGCAAGGGAGGUCAACGUUUAUCAGAACUAAGGAAUCUGUCAGACUAGGCCCAUCCGACAAGACGAUCUCCAGCACGCCCAUUUAGAAAAAAUCCGCAGACCCGAAAAGCGCAAAGACACUCUUUUCGUUCUCUUCUAUCUUGUUAACCGUUUGGCCGCUCUCUCUCGUUUCUUAGCGUGAGCAGUAGCACGUGAUUCAAUUUAGUGAUGGAUUUUUACGAUUCCUUCCGAGCACUUUCUAGAAAGACAUUGUUUUUUGUUUAGCUCGUAAGUGCUCCCUAAGGGAGUUUAUUCUUAAAAUUCCUCAUGUUUGGCCUUCGCACUUACCCUUAAUCGAGUUUAAUGAGUUUGCCUAAAGAUUCUUUUUAAAAACGAAUUCUCCGAUUUAUACAGUAUGAAUAUUGACGGUUCAAAAACAUUUAUACUUCAUCUCCAUGAUUCCAUCUUAUCCCCAUUCUUUACUCAUUCGAAUCCCGUUUGCUAGAAUUUGCAUUUAACGUCCUUUUCGAUAAAUUUUCGAACUUGGAAAAAUAGUACACAGUUACAACUAAA